AUGGCCAACACUAGUGAGCUCGCCUGCACUUACGCAGCUCUAAUCCUCCACGACGAUGGAAUUGAAAUCACCGCUGAAAAGAUAGCAAAACUAGUGAAAGCAGCCAAACGUGGACGUUGAAUCAUAUACUGGCCUAGCCUCUUUGCUAAGCUUUUUCAGAAGAAGAACAUUGACGAUCUCAUCAUGAAUGUUGGAGCUAGUGGUGAUGCGGCUGCUACGGUUUCAACCAACGUCCCUGCAGCUAAAAGCUGUCCAGCAGCUGAGGAAACAAAGAAGAAGAAGGAGGAGGUGAAGGAAGAGAGUGAAGAUGACAUGGUCUUCGGAUUGUUUGACUAG